AUGAGGUCCAGUCACGGUGGCAAGAUGGAGCUGCGCAACCUCCCCACGGAGGAGCAGCGGUGGCAGUUUUUGGAGCAGAUCUACGCCAACUACGACGAGGUCAACGCACAGCAGAAGGAAAUAGCUGAGCGGAAACGCAUGAUGGGAGUGGAACUCAUCCAUGCUAACAAGGAGGAAAUUCACAAGAUUUUGUUCAGUGGCCCCUCCGCCGCGUCCACUCGCAUAGGCGACUGGGACACCUACGAGAAGGUGGAGCACCUUCUUAAAAAGUUUGUCUACUCACGAAGCCAGAAUAUGUUCAAGGCCCCCGCAGCAGAAGUCGCCUUGAACGAUCGCAUUGACAUCCUGACGAACAAUAUCACCGACCAAAGGCAGCGAAACACCUUUCUGGAGACGUCUCUUGCUUCUGUGCAAGAGGAACUGGCAGGGUUGAUGGAUCUCCUGCAGAAGAAAGAGAAGGAGUUAAAGACGGUCAAGACAGAGUGUCUGGUGAAGAGCCUCCAGGCGAAUCAGCUGCAGCGGGUGUGUGACAGCCUCAAGGACUCUGCGAAGAUGGAUGAAAAAGCAAUCUGUAAAGACAUGCGCAUUCUCAUCAAUGUUAACAGAGCAAUAGAGCGAGAGAACGUACGACUCCGUACCGCUCUGAAUGCGAAACUUUACUCAACCGGUGGUGGUGGUGGUGGUGCCAAGACGCAUGCAAAAGGGGGUACGAAAACAUCGUCCACCGAUAAAUCUACCAAGCCGCGGACGGAACGCGGUCAUGCCAUGGCCACUAAACCACUCUCGCAUACGACGAAUGGGUCCAGCAUUGCGGGAGAAUUGGGGGACGCGGCUGCUGCGACAAACUCUACAUAUGAAGGAAUGCAGAGUGGCAGUGAUGAGUCAUUACACGGGCUGGCGGAAUGUGUGCUCAAUGUAUACAAAUUCUCAGACGGAAUCAGCGGUGCGCCGCGUUACCUCGAGACAGCAUCAGAUGAGGAAAGCGGUACCGAGAGCGACUCCACAGACAACGGUGGCCGCGAGUCUUCCGACGGCGAGGGCGUGAAAGUUUUUGCAAGCGACGCAGCCAGGAGACGUUUUAUUCGUAAGCAAGCUCCUAUUACUGCAGUGCUCAUGCAGCUGAGCGCAGAGCGUGAAAUGUGGCGGUGCCGACUGGAGGCGGAAGUAGCCAAUGGGAUGUCUCUGCUUGACCAUGACGCCAAUGUAAAAUAUACCACCCUAGCCGAGAGACAACUCUCCGGUAUGGUUGGUCGUGGAUUUAGCAGAGGUCGAAGUAGCGCACAAAGUUCGUUGGCAGGUAGUGGAUCUCGUGCAGGCUCAUCAGAUGGCGGUUUCAAUGAUUCUUUUGCUGGAAGUGAUGUAGGCAGUGACCGGGGCAGUGGCGUACUGCGCGCUGCAGGCUGUGGGGGUGGUCCGGCCCAUAGUAACACGGAUGCUUCGCUUUUUGCGGGUCGCAGGAGCCAAAUAGCCUUUCUUGGUGAAGAUCAUAUGAGCAGUGAUCCUAUUGGCGUAGAAUUAUCAUCUGACGUCCUUGCUUCAUCCAGUGGUGACCUGGAGAAUGUUGUGUUCCAACGUGGCGAGGUUUUUUCAGACAAUAAAAGGAACAUGGAUUCCACGCUCCGACGCGGCGAGGGUGCUUUCUUCAGUAGAGAGCAUAAACAGGGGAUCUCGUUUCGUGUUGGUGGAAAUUCGUUGCUGGGUGCGCAACCCACGAGUAAAGUCAUCCCAGAUAGCACAGUUGUAUUCAAAGAGUAUGAAAGUGCAGAACCGUCAGAGGAUAAGAAAUUGCAGGAUUCUGCGGAGCAGCAAGAGCGGGUGUCGCCCUGCAGGAGCCCCUCCGCGCGACCUGCAAAGGUUGGCGGCCGCCGUCGACCAGCGGGCAAGGCGAGCUCAACGGCCCACCCCACCAGCGAUCUUGUAACUACCCCGCCAAGACGAAAUGAAAAGGCAACAAAAAAAUCUGACACAGAGCCGCAGCGAGGCAAAGCGAAACAAGCGAACGCGACUGCACAUCGACGGCCGUCCCCUCAAAGGAGCAAGAAACCUGAGGCACUUGAGCACCCCGCCGAGAGCCCCGUAUGCACCACCGUCAGUCCACCAAGAGAAACCCACAGCCCGGGGAAGAAAGUGUUUGGCGCUGAGGUCGCUGACGCAUAUGCUAAGAUAAAUAGGCUUGCAGAACCUGGUGGUAUUCUUCACGAUAUGAAACUCGAAGUAGUGAAAGUUCGAGACGAUUACCACGCUAUGCGCUCCGAGAUGAAUGACCUCUUUCGUCUUUUGGGGCAUUGCGUUAGUACGUUGCAAGGGCAGACAGAAGAACUGAAGCGUGGUGUCGAGGAGGAAAGCAACGCUUUCGUGUCGGCUACGGCAGAAGAUGUGGUGCGCAACAUGGUGGAAGAACGGGUGUUUGACAGACUUGAAGAUCACGGCAUUGUUCUCCAGACGCACCCGGGUCCUUCUUCGCGCCUUACCGAUGAGCAAUGGGCGCAGAAUCAACUGUACGAUGUUAUUCUCAAGACAUCCCGGGAUAAAAUUGCCGGGGAAAUACUAAAGAAUAACGACAAGCGUGGGGAGAAGCAUGAAAAGAAGCAUGAGAUGCGUCUACAAAGUCCUGGGCGUCCCUUGUUGCAUCGCGAGACACCCGGGCAAGCGCAACAAGAGCAACCGCAGCAACCGGUUUCACCGCGCCGCGUCGCCGUAGAAGCCGUCGUCAGUGGAGCAAAGCCUUUGGGUGAGAAAAAAGGAGGUGUUAGCCACACUGGCCACCACUUGUCAUCUCCCCGAUCUAUUACUAAGCUGGCACAUGUCUUGUUGGGCUCUGAGGCGUCACAGCUGGAGUUGCCAAAUGACCAAAAAGCCUGUGGCAGGUGGCACACUGAUGACGUUGAUAAAUUCAGGGAGAUGUCAACAAGUGUUGGUGAAGGAUCGCCAGAAUACCGGAAGAAACCAGCGCCGGGUGGGUUUCCUGCCUGGGGUGACGUCGGCCACCGUACUGGUGAGGAGAGUCCCAUAGAAUAUGGGUCUCCCACAACUGGCGCGGGGGCCAGAAGGGGAAUAUGGGCACAGGUUCCCGUGGAAGCGCAGAGGCGUCUAAUUCUUGCCGGCAACAAUUACUUCGUAAGCCCCAUUAAUCACCGCGGUUUGAAUGUAGAUGUGCAGAACAGCCGCAGAGGCCCCGGUCCCCUGCCCAAGCGUUUUGAGGGAAAUAUAUUGGAGUACCUAAGGGCGCUCAAUCAACACAGGGAUCUAGGAAGCGUUGAAGACAUGGCCCCGAUUGUCUACAGAUACGAUUUCAGAGCAGCCCUCGAAGAAACCAGAAUGAAUCUGCAAAACACUGUCCGCUCGGCUGCUGUCCGUCUACGAGGGCCGGGCUUUAACAGAGUCUUUGAAGACAAGAUUUUGCCGUACGCAAGAGCAGCCAAAAGCUUGCAAAACGGGCAGCGGAUGGCGCCGUGGAUGCUCGCAGCCAUUCGCCAGUUGCGAGCAGAAGAAGAAAGAAGGAAUAAGAGAGCAAAUCAUCUCCUGAUGCAUAGGAUCGCAACAAAUUUACGUGCUAGGCGUUUACUGAAGAGCAACCUCUGCAAGGGCUCCGCUAUGGCCUCCUAUGUCGUUGUCCUCUGGGAGAAGUGGAUGGAUCGAUGGCAGAGAAAGCGUGCGACAUUAAAGAUGGAACAGGGGACCGACCUUAACCGGUUGCUGGAUUUGAUAACGGCCAAUAUGUGCACUCGAUCUCGGCUGCAGUCUGAUAAGGAGGAAAGGAGGAAAAUGAGGGAUAUGAGGAACCCGCUUUUGGACCCAAGUAGUGCACACUUCAAUGAUGCACGGUUCCCUUCACAAGAGAAGUGA